AUGGAGAACUCUGAUACACUUGGUCAAGCAGACCAAAUGAUUGUAGACCUGGAAGGAGAAACUUUACCUGAGAGCGAAUUUCCACAGAGCGACGCAACAGCGGUCGCAUCAAGCUCAACUCGCUGGAUGGAGCGGUCAAAACUUCGCAAGCACUUCCAAAUUAAAGAAACCAAAGGCUCGAGAACGGCUUCUUGUAUAUACUGCUCUAGAGUUUUCUAUGAAAGUAAAUCGACUGGAAAUCUUUCAAAACAUGUGAAGAAUAAGCACCCACAAGAGUUCAAGCACCAAAUCGCCUUGCAAGCAAACUCCAAUGGUCUAGAUUCCCUUCUCGCAAUGACCCGAUCACUACCUUUACCGUCCUCUAUUGUUGCAGCGUGGAAGCAUAGUCCUGGAGACUUUGCUGUGAUAGCUCUCUUGACCGAGAAGCUUUUACCAUUUUCAAUUGUCGAAGCCGCGGCCUGGCAAUGGAUGGGCAAAGCAUUUUCAGACUUAUCUCUCGUUCAAUCUCGUAACAGCAUUAGCCAAAGGCUUGAAAUGUAUACAAAAAGCUUUGACAAUGUCAUAAGGACUGCUAUGCAAAAAUCUGACUUCAUUAACCUUGAACUUGAUAUUUGGUCCGGAGGGAAUGGAAAGUCAUACUUGGCAAUUGCCGCUUCUUUCGCCCCGAACCUUUUGAAUGAAAAGAGAUUACACCUAGUGGGAAAUGUUAGCUCACUCUUGAACAACAAUCAAAAGUUGCAAAAUAGUCACUUGUUAGACUUCGUUGAUAUUAGUGAUAUAAGGCAUACUGGAGAAAACUUGUUCAAUACCCUGAUUCCUAUUUUAAACCAUUUUGAGAUUUUCGACAAAGUGGCUUCCAUAACUUCUGACAAUGCCACCAAUAAUAUCUGUAUGCACUCGUUUCUUGUGAAUGACUCUUUGAAGGUCCAACGGCCUGAGGCUUACGAAAAACUGAGGAACUGUCAUUUGAUCCGGUGCUGCAAUCAUAUCCUGAACAUUCUUUUUCAGGCUAUCGUGAAGGCACUAAAAUCUGAUCAAGAGCUCGAAAACGCCCUAAUUGAUAUCACAAAACUUGGCAAAAAGAUAAGAAGAAGCGCUUAUUUGAGAUCCUCGGUUAAAAACGCGGGUCUUCCAUUGAUUCCGAUUGCACCAGAAACUCGUUGGCUAUACUUAUGGGAGCAGGUCUCUUUUUAUUUGAAAUAUCGAGGAAGGUAUCUUGCAUGGCUAGAAUCGGUGAAAAGGUCGGAAACCUAUGGGCAUCUGGCAGAAAAAAUUGAAAGCCACAUGAAGCUGAGCCCGCGAGUCAAACAUAUCUUGGAGUACUUUGUAAGCUGUUGCUCCAUCUACAAGUUUUUUAAUGACUCAAUGCAAGACGAAACACUCAAUCGUUUACGCCACGCCCCAUCCUUCUACUAUACAAUGGAGCUUUUUUAUGACUUGUGCCAGACAUCCAAAGAUGGAACACACGUAGAAGAAGAACAGGAUGGUAGCUUUGACUUUUCAUUCCUUAACGGUGACACUGAGCUUCCCCCCAGUGCAAAAACAUUUGUUUUGGAUGCAGUGCUUUCCACGAAGAAGAAGUUCGAUGAAUAUAUGUCACAUUUCAAUAAGACUGACAUAUAUUUUGUGGCAGCGUUCCUUGACCCUUCAUCUAAAUUCACAUGCUUUGACGAAUGUAUGUCAGACGAUGAGAAAGGUGUACAAGUCAGUAAGGUAGAAACUUAUCUGAGAAAUUACUUAGGGAAGUGUAAAGCAAGUGGCUAUAUUCCAGUGGUUUCCUCGAGUGUACCCCAAAACACUGGUAGGCCUAAAAAGAUUGGUAAAUACCCUAGGGUUUCUCGAAAGAAUAAGGGUGUAUUUAAAACGGCUACGUUCCUCCAAAAACCAACGGUGCCUGAGUGGAGCUUGUAUUGCGAGGAACGAUUGAUCGAAGCGGAAACUGAUAUAGACGUGGUCAAGUGGUGGUAUGAUAGGCGUCACAUAUACCCAAAUCUGUACAGACUGGCGGUUCCGCUACUCUACACUAAGAUAAGCACAUGCGGCAUUGAGCGAACCUUUUCAAUAUCCGGCAGAUUAAUGCGUCAGGAUAGGAGAAGUUUGGGGAGCUCAAAUACAAAAAAUUUGAUGCUCUUAAGGAACCGGUUCACCAAUUUCGGCCUUUAUGAUAAAGAAAUAGAAUUAGUACCCUCGUCUAACAGUGACGACACGCUGAUCGUUUUGUCUGACGACGACGACAGCUCUAUAUCUACAAGUACACCUUAG